AUGUAUCAACAAAUAAAAGAGUUUUUACUAAGACUAUUAAAAAUAUCAAUAACCAGUGUUUCUAUUGCAUGUCAAUGUCACAUACUCUUCUUUUCAGCAAUUAUAUUGGUUGGGAUCACAAUUAUUUUUACAUUCUCUACUGGACAAUUCAUUGGAAGUCCAUGGUGUUAUUUUGUUGCAAUUUAUGAAGCAAUUCUUUUUAUUUUAAUGGUAUUUAGAUUUAUUUCAUAUGCUGUAAGUUCCAUAAUCAAAUCAACCAAUUAUAUUUUUGGUAAUAAAAGACAAGUAACCAACCAUGAUUUUGUUAAAAAAAUACAAGUAACCAACCAUGAAAAUGAAACAAAUCAGAAUGAAAUACAACAAAAUACUAAUCUGAAUAUUAAUAAUAAAAACCAACAAGAAGGUAAUGCCACUAAUGAUAACCAACAAGAAGAUAAUGUUAAUAACGAAAACCAACAAGAAGACAAUGCUACUAAUGAAAUAUACAAAAGAUAA